GCGUUGGGAAAGCAGCAGCGCAGCAGCAGAGUCUCUUGAAUACCGACACACCAAGCGGAGAAGAGUUUCAGCUCCAGAGCUCGUCUACAAACUUCAAACAGCUCUCAGGAUCUCUGUUUCUACAAAUCGGUACUACAAAUCAUCUUGACGUGUCACCAAGAAGUGUCUGUCCAAAGAUUUCGAAUGGCCUGUAAAUAUCGUUACAAUCUCCGAGAGUAAACAAAACAAAUCUGACCCGUCAUGCGGGAGUCCGGACAGUUUGCGGAGCUUUUUUGACCCUUAUAAUUCCCGCACAACAGUGAUUUCAGAAGUCUAUUUUUUUGUUGUUGUUGUUGAACUGUUGAACAAAUAUUUUUGUAAGCAAGACACUGAAAAUCUUCUGAGUCAAAGCGGGACUUCGCUGGAGAACUAAGGACUGAAGAGGAGACUCAGUAAAGCGCCUGUGGCGGAGGAGCCUGGUGGAGACUAGUGGGGUCUGGUGGAGACUAGUGGGGUCUGGUGGGGACUAGUGGGGACUGCUUGGGGUCUGGUGGAGUCUGGUGUAGUCUAGUGGGGUCUGGUGGAGUUUAGUGUAGUCUAGUGGGGUCUGGUGGAGUUUAGUGGAGCCUGGUGGAGUCUAGUGUUCUCAUCAUAACUGAAUCUUCUUACAUUUAAAGUAGACGUUUUUAAAUAUGGUGGGGGAAAUGGAAACAAAAGAAAAACCCAAGCCGAGUCCCGACUAUCUCAUGCAGCUCAUGAACGACAAGAAACUGAUGAGCAGCCUGCCUAACUUUUGUGGGAUUUUCAAUCAUCUAGAGCGGCUUCUGGACGAAGAGAUUGGCCGGGUACGGAAGGACAUGUACAAUGACACACUGAACAGUAGUACAGACAAAAGGACAUCGGAGCUCCCAGACGCCGUGGGGCCUAUCGCACAGCUUCAGGAGAAACUUUAUGUGCCUGUAAAAGAAUAUCCAGACUUCAAUUUUGUGGGGAGAAUCCUUGGUCCACGUGGGCUCACUGCCAAACAGCUGGAGGCUGAGACAGGCUGCAAGAUAAUGGUGCGAGGCAAAGGCUCCAUGAGAGACAAGAAGAAGGAGGAGCAGAACCGUGGAAAGCCUAACUGGGAGCAUCUGAACGAGGACUUGCAUGUGCUUAUCACAGUUGAAGACUCACAGAACCGUGCUGAGAUAAAACUCAAGAGAGCUGUGGAGGAAGUUAAGAAGCUGCUUGUCCCUGCAGCCGAAGGUGAAGACAACUUGAAAAAGAUGCAGCUGAUGGAGCUGGCAAUUCUCAAUGGCACAUACCGAGAUGCCAAUAUCAAAUCAUCAGCCUUGGCUUUCUCUUUGGCUGCCAGUGCCCAGGCUCCUCGAAUCAUCACCGGCCCCUCCCCAGUGAUGCCUGCUGCAGCCCUGCGUACUCCUGCUCCUGCUGCUCCCACCCUCAUGCCUCUCAUCCGACAGAUCCAGACCUCUGCUCUCAUGCCUGCUGGCACCCCUCACCACACUGCCACCCUGAUGCAGCAAACCCCUGAGUCGGGUAUUAUCUACACCCCAUAUGAGUAUCCCUAUACUCUGGCCCCUGCCACCUCUAUCCUUGAAUAUCCUAUUGACUCCAGUGGUGUAUUAGGUAUGGCCUUCCCCACAAAAGGUGCAGUGACUACUAAAGUACGAAGGCAGGAUAUGCGCGUCCAUCCUUACCAAAGGGUUGUGACCGCAGAAAGAGCUGCCACCGGCAACUAACCAAUGACCCUCUGAGCUCUCCACUCUUCACCCAAUGAUGACCUGACCAUUGCCUGUGUGCUGACCAGUUCUCUGGCUCUCGUCCUUCACUUGUCUCGUACUCGCAGCCUGCUGGUGAGCAAGGAAUCAGAUUGAAUUCUCUAAAUACAACACAACACAGCAGUGACAGUCCCCCUGAGCUCAACUGUACAUCCAAGGACCUCCAGGGUCAGGUGAUCUAGUCUCCACAGCCUGCACUGCAGCAACAUAAAUAAUAGCAAUAAUAUGGUUUAGAAUGCCAUGUAGAAACAGUCACACACACACAAACAGUUUUCAGAAUUAAUAAUAGAAUAUAUUGAUUGAGCAUGAAGCUGGAGCUUUCAUUAGGUUGUGGAGACAUACAGGACUGGAGCUUUGUGGCUGUGUAAUGUGUUCAUGUGGAUCAGCAUGUUCAUUUGUGAGAGUAUGAAGAUGAGCAGGGGAAGUCUGCGAAGUUUUUUGAAGAUAAUUCAAUAUUUAAAUGUACACCGAUAAAAGCCAUUCUCGCCCAUCAGCAUCUUGAAUAAACGCAAAUAGAAUAAAAUUUUAAAGCACUAAAUACUAGCUCAUGCAUUUUGAUAUGAGGGUGCUGCAGGUAAAAUUACUCUAUUUUUCACAAUAUCUUUCUUUCUUUUUUUUUUUUUUAUAAAUCAACAGUAUGUGAUGUCAAACUGUACAAAAUUAAUAAAGAAGAAAAAAAUUUAUUUCUUUACAAAAUGGAAAGAUUUUAGAGACCAAAAUGUCUUUUUUAACUUUUAAAGUGCCUUAUUUUACAUGAUCAUUGCGAUUGAAUGAUAUCCGUCACUGUUUAUGACAACAUAUCGAUUAUAAUCAGUUCCUCCAUUUUUUUUUAAAUUUGGAAUGGAAUGGAAUGCAAAAUCAUACCAAGCAAAUUAGAUUUAUUUUUUUUGUUUUAACAUUUAUGCAUAAAGAUUAUUUCUAACUCUUAUUUACAUUCAUGCCUGCUAACAUUUGACUACGUAUAUUAGUUACUGGUUACUUUGUGAUUCUCACUCUGGUUCAGCAGUAACAUCUGCUCCGCCAUUAGGAAGCUCACGUCAGGACAGCAUUUAUCAAUAUUUUCAGCAAAAAAGAGAAGCUUUUAGUUAUUACUAUUAUUUCUCAGAAUUAGCAGAUGACACAGCAGGUGUUGUACAGUAGAAGGUGAUUUUCUUUUUUAAUUGUACACUAUUAAGAAGUGAACUGUGAAAAGAAAACAAAUAGAAUUAAAACUAAAACUCUAUGCAAUUGAGUUGCUCUUGCCAAGUUACAUGAGGUUUUUCAGCAGGUCUUCCAGAUUACAGAGCCCAGCAUUAACCAGGAAACGAUUAGAUUAGAAACUCAAUUGAGAAUAUGGAGAUUGCUUUUUUGAAUUUGUAAUAUGAUUAACAAGAAUAAUCAAGGUUGUUAUAACUGGAUCUUCAGUAUCUCUUUUCUGUUUCUUUAUAUGUAGUGCCGUAUAUAAAGUACUCUUUAAAUGUCUAGGAAGUCUGUUUUUUUUCUUUCUUUCUUUCUUUCUUUCUUUCUUUCUUUCUUUCUUUUUUCUUUCUUUUUUUUUUGGGAAUGUGGGAAUCAGCACAGGAAAAUAUUUAGAAUCAACUUCUCAAUUAACUUCGAAACUGGAGUACUGGGUUCUAAAUUUUACCUGUUUCAUUUGUUUUUUAUGAGCAGUAUUAUACUUCUGUAAAUGGCUGUGUGUUUGUGUGUGUGUUUGGUUCCAUGAAUAUGAUCUACACCAGUCAACUGCACCUCCCUUUUUUAAGCAGUCAUGUUUAUUCCAUUGGAAAUGUCUGGUCCUAUUUAUAACCAUUGUAACAGCUAUAAAAUGUAUUUUUCUAUCACAUUUUGUAUGUAUGAAAUAACAUUAAAUCAUGUUUUCUGA